UUCUCCGUUGCCUCGGCCUUCCCACUCGGACUGUGACCAAUUACAACUCUGCCCACGACACGGACGUGUCACUCACCACUGACAUUUACCUGGAUGAGAAUAUGAAGCCCCUGGAGAGACUCAACACCGAUUCUGUCUGGAAUUUCCAUGUCUGGAAUGAUUGUUGGAUGAAACGUCCUGAUCUUCCCUCGGGAUACGACGGGUGGCAAGUGGUGGAUGCAACUCCACAGGAAACCAGUAGCGGCCUCUUCUGCUGCGGGCCCUGCUCGGUGACGGCCGUAAAAAACGGCGAAGUCUUCCUCAAAUACGACACUCCUUUCGUCUUCGCCGAGGUCAACAGCGACAAGGUCUACUGGCAACGCCAAGCCAACGGAGCCUUCGCCGUGGUGCACGUGGAGGAAGGAGCCAUCGGCCGGCGAAUCAGCACGUUGGGCGCCGCGUCGGGGCAGAGAGUGGACAUCACCCACCAGUACAAACACCCCGAGG